CCUCCCCCCCCGCCCCGAGAAUGUUCCGUUACGAGUCCCUGGAAGACUGCCCUCUGGAUGAAGAUGAAGAUGCCUUCCAAGGGCUGGGUGAGGAGGAUGAAGAUAUCGAUCAGUUCAACGAUGAUACAUUUGGGGCGGGGGCAGUCGAUGAUGACUGGCAGGAAGCCCACGAGAGACUGGCCGAGCUGGAAGAGAAGCCGCCAGAGGCAGCGCGAGAAGAAACGGGGAACGGGAACAACGAUGAGAUGGACCUGCUGGGGGACCACGAAGAGAACCUAGCAGAGAGGCUGAGCAAGCUGGUGAUUGACAACGAGCUGGAGGACCCAGCGAUAAUGCAGGCCGUGCAGACACGGCCCCCAGUGCCGCAGCCGGGAAGUCUCAAUUCCAGCAUCUGGGAUGGAUCUGCGGUCCUGAGGCGCAUCCGAGGGCCGCUGCUUACUCAGGAGAUGCCUGCCGUGUCCGUGUUAGAAUACGCCUUGCCCCCGAGGCCCCCCCAGGGCCCGGAAGAGGAGAGGGACCUUUCCGAGCGAGCACUGCCGAGGCGCUCCACGUCCCCCAUCAUCGGGAGCCCCCCGGUCAGGGCCGUCCCCAUCGGCACUCCGCCCAAGCAGGGGACGGCCCCCGGCUUCAACCAACAGAUUCUCUGUCCGAAGCCCGUUCAUGUCCGAGCCCCAAUGCAGCAGCGAUAUCCUGCUCCCUAUGGCGAGAGGAUGUCCCCAAACCAGCUCUGCAGUGUCCCGAAUUCUUCCCUCCUCGGCCACCCAUUCCCUCCCAGUGUGACACCCGUUCUCAGCCACCUUCAGAGAGCCCAACUUCUAGGUGGAGCACAGGCUGGACGGAUGUCUCCCAGCCAGUUUGCCCGGGUCUCUGGACUUGUCGGGAGCCCCCUUGCCUCCAUGAACCCCAAGUUGUUGCAAGGGCGGGUUGGGCAGAUGAUGCCACCCGCCCCAGGAUUCCGUGCCUUCUUUGGGGCCCCCCCUCCUCCCACACCCCCACCGCCGCUACCGCCUCCUUCCCAACAGCACCCCGCGUGUCCAGGGGCUCACCUACAGAACCUAAGAUCUCAUCCCCAGAUGUUCAGGCCAGACACAACUCACCUCCAUCCCCAGCAUCGACGACUCUUGCACCAGAGACAACAGCAGAACCGAAAUCAGCACCGGAGCCUAAACGGAGCAGCUGGGGAUCGGAGUCACCGCAGCAGCCAUCAAGAACAGCUGCGCAAAGACCCCUAUGCCAAUCUCAUGUUGCAGAGAGAAAAGGACUGGGUGUCCAAGAUCCAGAUGAUGCAGUUGCAAAGCACUGAUCCUUAUCUAGAUGACUUCUAUUACCAGAACUAUUUCGAGAAACUGGAGAAGCUGUCAGCGAUGGAGGAGAUGCACGGUGAUGGCCCCAAGAAGGAACGCACCAAACUCAUCACUCCCCAGGUGGCCAAACUGGACCACGCGUACAAGCCAGUGCAGUUCGAAGGCUCUUUAGGAAAACUCACCGUCUCCAGCGUGAACAACCCCCGGAAAAUGAUCGACGCCGUGGUGACGUCCCGUAGCGAGGAUGACGAGACUAAAGAAAAGCAGGUCCGGGACAAGAGGCGUCAGACGCUCGUCACAAUUGAGAAAACAUACAGCCUGCUCCUUGACGUGGAGGACUACGAGAGGCGUUACCUCCUGAGCCUCAAAGAAGACCGACCAGCUCUAGUGGGCGAAAGAAAGCAGAAGAUCUGCGACAUGUAUGACAAUUUGAGGGGGAAAUUGCCUGGUCAAGAAAGACCCAGCGAUGACCAUUUUGUGCAGAUAAUGUGUAUCCGGAAAGGGAAGCGGAUGGUUGCCCGUCUCCUCCCUUUCCUGUCCCCAGAGCAGGCGGCUGACAUCCUCAUGGCAACAGCUAGGAACCUGCCUUUUCUGAUCAAGAAGGAUGCCCAAGAUGAGGUGCUGCCUUAUUUAUUGAGGCCCUUCUCCCUCUUCCUCUAUCAUCUCCCCUCGGCGACUGUCACCAGCCUUCUGCAACAGUUAAUGAACCUACCUCAAAGUUCAUCCGCACCAGCCCCUGCCAACCCGCACCUCACCGCUGUGCUCCAGAAUAAGUUUGGCCUGUCGCUGCUUUAUCUGAUCCUGAGCCGGGGAGAGGAGCUGCAGAGUUCCGAUGCCGCCACGGAGCUGAUGCAGGACAACCAGUGGACAGAGUUGAUGUUCGUGGCGACUCGAGAACUCCUGCGGGUGCCCCAGGCCGCACUGGCCAAGCCGGUCUCCACGCCCGCAAACCUCGCGUCCCUGUUCUCCCGCUACGUCGACCGACAGAAACUGAACCUGCUGGAGACGAAGCUGCAGUGAGUUGGUUCAAGGGAUGCGGUGAAGGAUCUCCACGUCCCUGACGCCUCCUGCCACCUGCACUGCUGCCAUCACCAAUGGAGUGUUUUCAAUGUGGGAGGGGCGACGGCCCCUUCCCCCCCCCAAAGCAAAACCGGGAGGGAUUGUUUCCCCGUAGAUAUCCGGUGUGUGGAGAACAACCCUCCUCCUCCUCUGCCUGCCCCACUGCUCUGUGAACUUGGCUGGGUGUGACUUCCACUGGUUUCUCCCCCUUCGCUCUUCAGUUCCACCUCUGCACGUCCCUUCCCUCCCCGCGCACCGGCCCCCUCUGCCCAUUCUUGAUUUUCUUUUCCGCAAAGCCCCCGAGGGACUCCCCACCACCACCACCACCGGCCCGUCCCGUUGCUCCUCCGCCGUCCCUGUCACUGAGGGACUAGUGAGAAAGUCAGCCCGCCCGAGGAGGAUUUUCUCUCCCCCGUGUCCCGCUCAAGAAUCUUCCGUCCUCCUCGUCUCCCUUCACGGUUUCCCCAAGGAAAGAUGGUCUCCGGGGACGAGAGGGAGUUAGGCAGAAAGACCGCCCGCCCGUCCCGUGCGGUUCCCCAGAGGGGUCCGGAGAGGGAGGCCGCCGACUUAGGGGGUCGGAGAAGGGGUAGUCCUUGGCCGCUCGCUCUGUCCGCCCUGUAGAAAGCUGUCUGCUGAGAGGUGGAGGAUUCAGUCUGUGCCUCUCUCUGGAGCCUUACUAGGUGAGUUUUCUUUCGCCCCGACUCCAAGUAUCCCGCUCUCUCUGGAGAGUUAGCCCCCGUCUCUUGUAAGGGGCCUGCCCACCAUCCCAGCUUGCCAGAGCCCCUUCCGAUCUUUCCGUCGUCCCCUCCCGCCCCGGGGAAACGGCCCCCGGUCGGUCCUGCUCAUCUUCCCCGCCCCAGCUGCAGCAGGCAGGCGCAGGUCUGUGCCUUCCUCCCCUCGCCUCCUCGGCCGGCCGCCCCGGACGGCCCUCUCGGCCGGCCUGCUUCAGCCGGGCGGGCGGGCGGCGGGUUUCUCGCGUGCUCCUCUUUGCACACUCAACUCUGUCUUCCUGGGAAUGCUCAGAGAGCCCCCAUCCCCUCCGUCACCCCUCGGUUGCCCUCGCACCGCACCCCCCGACCCCUCCGCGGGAUUCCGACCUUGAUGGAUAGAGGCCCUUUCCAACCGUAAUCAUGAAAUAAAGGUUGGAAGGCCCCCCGUCCUCUCUGGGCGGCGUGUGAGCGGCUGUCCUCGCCCCCACCAUCCUCCCUCGCCCAGUCCCACCCCCCUAGGUAGCCACGGGGCCUGGGUUUGACCCCCAGCAGGACGAGCCCCCUCCUCUUUCCUUCUCCCUCACCAAGAUGAUCGGGGGGACUGGGUUUGAUACCCAGCAGGUACAACCCUCUGGGACCCUUGAAUCUGAAUGAAUUUUCCCAUCAUCAUCGCCUGCCCGUCCCUUCUGUUUGUACCUCUUGGAAUGUGGCAGGGAGGAGGGGUCAUUUUAUUUAAGAAAAGGAACGUUUUGCACAUUGUAUGUAUUGUAUAACCAGUGAAAUUCUCCGUUAUAACCACCUCCCUCCCACAACCUCUCUCUCUUUCUCUCUCUGUCCCCUCUCCAGCCCCAGCCUCUUCAGUCGUCCCUCCUCCCAAUAAUGCUUAUCCAGCCACUCCCCACCAUCACCUCCAGAAUAUUUCUACCUAUCGCCUCUCCCGCCCUCCCUCACAGCCAAUCGAGUGGACAGUGCUCUCAUUUCCUCCUUCCGUGCUUCUACUUUGUUUUGGUUCUGAUUAAUAAAAAAUUAAAGUUUCUAAAUUUACAUUUUUAUAGGGUAUUGUAAAUAAAAACAAAUUGUAUACUUGA